AUGACACGUAAAGUUAGCAAUUUACCAGUAAAAUAUAUGACACAAGCUCCUCAGUUCGUAAUUACCAAAUGGAAUGGAGUAGCCCUUUGGUCAUGGGAAAUGGAGCAGGAUACUUGCGCUAUUUGCAAACUUUCUUUAGUCGAUAAAUGCGUUCAAUGUCAAGCUAACGAUGCCGAUGAUAGUGUACCAUGCCCUCCAGAGUUUGGUGUAUGCGGACAUGGCUUCCAUAAGCACUGUAUUGAUAAAUGGGUCAAGACAAAUCCAACAUGCCCACUUUGCACAUCAGCUUGGAGUCCAACAACACCUCCACACUAA